UUCUGCCAAAUUUGCUAACUCAACACAAAACUUCAAAGACUUCAUUUUGUACAACUUUUUAAAAGUUUAGGAGGGAUUAAUUUCUUUUGGUAGCAAUAUAGUACGAAUUGGGGAAAUAAUUUACAUUUUUAAGGAGGUCGAGAUCGCGUUUUAGUUCAUCAAGCUUUAAGUGCGGCGGGCACACUAUUAUCCAUAACCAAGCAGAAGCAUUCAAAUUUGAAUCGUGUGAAAAUAAACAAAAAUAAAACAAAAUGUAUGUGGUAUCUACCUCCAAGAAGACCGUGCUUUCCGACUUUGUGGAUCUGGAGACAAAGUCUGAGUAUGAACACAAAAGCGGAGAUCCGACGGACUUUCAGUUCAAUGCCCAGCAGCGCGUAUUCGUCGAAGUGGAUAAAAUGGCGGGUUUGGCGGUAAUGCGAAUAAAGGAGAAGGAAGGAAAGGCUCCCGAGAUCCAGCGAGUCCGUAAACUAACCAUCGAUAAUGCCUACUGUGUGGCCUGUGCCAAGCAAUCACCGGAGGAGAUCGCAGUCGGCCAGGGUGGUUGUGUCAAACUCUACAACUACCGAACGGCGCAGCAGAUACACCGGUUUCCAGCGGAUCCCCAGAGAAGCACUGUCCUCUACAUGGACUACAACAACACGGAUGAGUAUAUUGCCGCCGUGCGUGAAGGCGGGGAGAUCAACAUCCUGGGCACCAAAACCAAGCAGAAGACUAACACGUUCACCAUCGAUGGCGACUCCACCCUGGUUCGUUUCCAUCCGAGCAAGCGCUUUUACUUAUCGAUCGCCUCCUAUAAGGGAGCCGUGACCGUUUACGAUAUGCAGGGUAUGCGGAAGAUCUUUCACUCCAGCGAGGCGCACAGUGCUCCCUGCCGGGACAUCAGCAUGUGUGCAUCGCAACCCGCGCUGCUGGUCAGCGUGGGCUACGAUUGCAAGAUAAACAUAUUCGACAUCCGACGAAAUCGGGCGCAGGCCUCCACGGAUCGCUUGAGCUACUCCCACCCGCUAUCGACGGUGGCGCUCAGUGAAUGUGGCACCUACCUUUGUGCGGGAAAUCUGAAGGGUGAAUUGAUUGCGUACGACUUGAGGAGCACAAAGGCCCCAUUGGCAGUAAAGAGCGUGCACGAUGCAGCAGUGACCCGGGUGGCUUUUGUGCCCUUGCCAAGUGGUGAUGGACAACAGAACGGCAGCCUAAAUAGCUCAGAGAACGCAAAUUCACCGGGGAUCGAAGCUCCUCGGGUGGAGCGAGCUCCCAGCGAUGAGCUACGCAAAUCCAUUGCCGCGAAUUUACUGAGCACUCAGCAGCAGCUGGCCAACUUGGGUUUCGGGGUAACGACGCCUGCCACUGCUCGACGAGAUUCCUUCUGCGACUUUUUGGAUGCCCAGGGUCCAAAGGCCGUGGAUCGGAUGUCCACGCGAAUGGUCAGCUCUUACAGGGACAGCUUCGACUGGGAGACACUCAACCGGAAACCCAUUCCCAAUGAAACUGCUCUGCGUCAAAGCUUUUGUCCUCCAGGGGGAUCCAAUCUCAGUUCUAAAGACAACUCCUACAAUACCUCUACUCCGGAGUCACUGCAGCAGACCUUGAGUGGCCCUCUAAAAGAUCAAAGCAACGUUUCUGGCGAAGGUAAACUGAUGAAGAUCGCCGAGACGGAUGAGCACAGCGAGGAGCAGUCGGUCAACAUUUCUGUGGCAAGCAGCACGGGCAGCGACAAGGAGAAUCCUCCGCCCGUGGACGCCGAAUUAAAGCGCAGGUUGCGUAUGCUCUCGGCCAGUCGAAACAGUACCCCGCAUCAUGCCAACGUUACACCGCAAUCUUCGAACCAUCAGCUAAAGCCACAGCAAUUGCUGGCCAAAUCCUCCAGCGGACUCUCCAACCAAGUGGAAGCGGAUUGGCGCAAGGAGUUAACCGAGCUCAAGGAAUUUGUUGAUGAGCGUUGUGAAUGGGUGGAGCGCGAACUGGAGUAUAUUGUGGACUUCAAUUAUCACAGGGUGAUUAACCAGAUGGCCAAGUACAAUCAAGAGCAGCUGGAUCUCACACAAGAAAUCCGCGACGCUCUGGCUUUACUUCUCCGACAAGAUCGCUUCAGUCGCGAAUUUUUGCGCCUACAACAUGAGAACGAAAUGCUAAAAGCUAAAGUAAAGUUUUAUCUCAAGCAGGAGCAAACCGAAUCUUGUGAAGAAUGAUUUUAGUACUUUUAAAAACUUUUUAUAAUGUCAAAAAUCUAUUUAAAUAUUGUAAGUUAUAAUUAUAUUUAAUGGCUAGAUUUUUGUGAAUCCCAAAAAAAAUUUUAAAUCCGCAUAGCGUCUAAAUUAGGGAUAAAGUGUUAAUUCAAUCUUUAUGUAAGGGGCUUAUCACCUGUUUGAAAUAAUACCAUUAAUCUAUUUUCUUUUUAUCAUGUGUCCAUUAAUAACUGUGUUAUAGUUUGGUGCAGCAAAGCCAGACAUUUUAUUCGGUCUUUAAGAUAAAAAUAAAUUUGUUGCUUUGAAUUUUAAUACAGUGUUGUCAAAUAAGGA